AUGGGUAAAACAUACAGAAAAUAUAAAUCAGCAAGCAGAAGCAAUGAAAAAAUAAGAGAAACAAAGAAUCCUAUGGCAAAGCCAAUGCACAUAAUAAAAGUGCCAUCUUCGCCAUCUUCAACAAGCUUCAGCGCCCCCAGGGACAGAAGUAUGUCGCACGUUCGAAUGAACAGCGAGCCAGCACACGCAGAAAAAACAAGACCCAUUGAAGAAAUAACGCUGAACAACGUGCAAUCAGACGCAGAGCUAAAGCUGGCCCUGCAGACGAUAAACAGAACAGCACAGAAGAUAGAACACUCAGAGCUAACCGAGAAAAAGCACCGCACAUGGAAACCGUCCGAUGACUACAGGCUGAAGAUAGAUCCAACAAAACAGAAUGUUGUGAUCGAAGAUCUUUCCAGGGGAAAUAAAGGUGGAAAAAGUCGGGAAGUCGAGGAAAGACUGCAGUCUACACAUGCCAGCGACUGGGAAGACUUCCCCACUGAAGGAAUGCCAGUUCUGAAAGAAGGAAUCGAAAAAAUGAGCAUAAAAAAGAAGAAUGUCUCAUUUAACGAGCCAGCAGGGAAGAGAAACAAGAGCAUGUAUCUGAAAUCAAAGGCAAAGCACCACUCUGCGCACGAGCUCCUCACCACUCCAGCCCAUCUGAAGCCGCAUGCACGAAAGACAUCCGCACAGACAGUUGGCAGAGCACAGCCAAUGAAGAAAAGUGUGGGAGAGCACGGAAGUAUGCCAAGCACUUCAGGAGUAAAAUCCGCAGGAAAAGUGGCACACAAAAACGAGCACAAAGUGCAGACAAAGGAUAAGCCAGCAUACUCAAGCGAGGGAAUAGUGGGGUACAGCAAGGUAGACCCAAAGACACACUCCAGGGCUACAUACUUCAGCAUCCAACAGUCAGAUCUGUUCACUCCCCUAAAAAACAAGGGGCCAAUUAAGAAGGCAAAGGCAAAGGACCUCCCCGCCACAGGAGAAGCAGCCAUAGGGCAGGCCAACAGGGAAAGAACAAGUAUGCUCGCACAGACAACAAGAAUAAUAGAAAGUGAGAACGGAAUCUGCAGGGUCCAGAGAACCCAGCACGAAGAAGUGGUUAACAAAGUGUUCAAGUCAAAGAGACAAUCUACAAAAGAUCCGUUCUUGAAGAGAGUCCACCACUCGGUGAACAACAGGAGGGCAAUGAACGAGAGGGCAAAGGAGUCAAAGCGCCCAUCAACCUACAAGCCGCAGCCAGAGGAAGAGUAA